ACACUGGUUAUGAUGGUUGGUCGUGAAACAGGUAUUGCGCCAUCGUUUCACUAGACUAAUGUUAGCUGAUAUAAACUGUUCGCAGGGAUAUUCUCACCAUAUAGAAUGUGAACACGACUGGGUACGGACGUGCUUAAAGUGUCGCUACCGUGAGCUGUCAAUAUUUAACAUCGACAUGAACAACACGAAAUGUAACCAUGCUCCUCAACCAGGGAGAGACGGACGCUUGCCCGGCCUCUUCACCGUCAACACCAACGGUAUCGACGACGCCGGUGUCGACAGAGUAUUGAACAUGACUGGUCUUUCUUCAUGGAAAACUGCCACCCAGAAUGUCAAUCUGUCACUCAGCAAAAAGGGUCGCUGGAAAAUCAUUGAGGCUCUAAAAGAGGAAAUGGAAAAUAAUGUUUACAACGAGGAAGAGUUCAAUUUGUAUGUUAUAGAGAGACUCUGGAUGAACGGGGCGGCUAACUGCGAAUCAAUUACAGGGAGUAAAGGCUGUGAAAAAACUUUCCAGGGCGGUUCGUGUUUUUUCAAUGCCGAUUCUUUUCUCCGAAAGCCGAAAGAAAAAACGAACGGCAAACGAAAGAAGACAACGGGACCAAAAAUUGUUCCACCCCCUACAUCGGAGAGUGAUACGCCCCCCGACAAACCUGAAAUACGGAUAGAGGUAGUUCAGCCUCACGGGCGAUGUAGAACGUCAUCGGCUACGGUGACUUCAAGGCGGAGACGUAGACGCGCAGAGUACACAAAUGUGACACCGGUACCGGCUUCAACGUAUUGGUCGGAUUGGGGAGCUCCAGAUGUAAGCCAAGUAGCUGCCAAACCUGAGAAAAAGAGCGAAGACAAUGCAAUAAGUGGCAUGAAACGACGCCCAGUUCUGUCUUGGGAUUCAGAUGAUGGUGAUGUGGAGGAACAGCCUUCUUUUGAUGUACAGGAUGAUGAGACUGAUGAACAUCCAAAAUUCAUUAAGGAUGUUAUGUUUGAAGAUCUUUUUGUAAAGAAAGCACCUUGCUUCCGUAGGAAAAGAACUCGUAACCCUACAAACUUGCCAUCCGGAACAAAUAAGGGUAAAAUCAGAUACAUUGACAAGGAUGAAUUUGCAUUGAAAGGUGGAGAAGUCAGUGGAACAGAUGGAACAACGGAAGUAAUAGAUGAGAUGGACAAAGUUAUGCCAGAAGAAGGAGGUGUCAGUGUCGUUCCUGAAGCAGAUGGUGUCAAUAUUGUUCCGGAAAAAGAUAGUGUCACUGUGGUGUUCAAACCAGAUGAUGUUGCACCGGAAGCGUUGACUGCCAUCUUUGGUGAACGGUACCUCGAAUGCGCAUGUCACCCACGUCGUUUCCUGUUGGACAUGACAGGAGCUUUCCGCGAAGUUCCUCACUUCAUUUUAUCACAACGUGUGCAUCAUCGGAUGAGACGUAAACGCAAGAAGUACUUCACCGCAUUCGUACGCAAAGCUUGUAGUGUAACGACAGCUGGCUUUCUGUUGUUUGAAGAACAGUGUGACGGCAAAUUUAGCUUCCUUAUGGAGUCUGAUGCAGAUCUGAACAAAUCCCUGUGGAUGAAGGCUGCUGAGGUGACGGAAGAGUGGUCUCCCCUGACGCUUGUCAACUGCAUGUGUGAUCUGAUCAAAGAACACACAAGCACAAGCACAAAACUGAAAGAUCACAAACCACCGGAUCCAAACUUCCCAACUUUGAAGAAGCUCCUGAGCUGGCCUAAGUCUGAGAGUUAUCUCCCUUCCGCGUUUCCUGCCGUCAAGUCCAGAGCAAUACAGAUUCAGGUUUCCAAGGUUACCGACAUUCCUGACUGUUGUAGUGUUUGCUAUGACGUCAUAGACAUGUCAUCACGUGACACAAGAGGAAUGGCGCUCACCGAGUGUGGGCAUUGGUUUUGCCAUACAUGUUGGAAGGGCCACGUGAAAGCCAGUCUUGAGAGUGGAUCUGUUCACACCACAUGCCCAGAAUUUGGUUGUAAAAGCCGACUGGAUGUGGGCACGCUGGCAUCCCUGAUGAGCAUGAGCCAAAUGAAGCUGUACAUGUCUCGCCUGGAUGAUAUGGAGAUUUCUACAUCCGAGUCCAAGUCAUGGUGCCCGAGACCCGGAUGUUCUCGCAUUGUAUCUCUUCUCGAAGGUGGCGCUGAUACCGGAUGUGCCCAGUGCGGCUGUGGCGCCACCUUCUGUGUCCAGUGUCGUGGUCAUCCACACUGGCCUGCUGAAUGCUCCAAUAUGGCCAGAUACGUUACUGACCUAAAACAUUUCGGUGAUGACAAAAUGUUGUCAUGGUCGCCAGGUCCUCAAGUUAAAGGUAAACGGUGCCCGAAGUGUAAGCACUUCAUCCAGAAGAACGGAGGUUGUCCCAACAUGGUCUGCACAUGUGGCUUCAGUUUCUGUUGGCAGUGUUUCCAGCCCUGGGACGAUCACAACAACUCGGGAUGUUACUCCAAGAAGGAUGACGAGGACUCAAAGCUUAUGCGGGAGGCAUAUUUUGAGAGCAUUUCUGAGCACCCCGAGUCCAGGAGCCGAGCCUACAUGUUGGCCUUGUCAAGCAGGCAGAAACAGGGGGUGUCACGGCGUCAUGACAUGACACAUCACGUGACUAAGAUGAAGCGUAAACUUAAGGGACUGGUCUUCAAACAUCAGAGAUCUCAGUCCGAACCAUCCCGGAAUCAGCCAGGCCGGAAGUCACGUGACUUGGUGGAGUUGCACCAGAUCUUGGAGAAUACGGACUUGAGGGGAGAGCUCCAUUUGCUGGACUGGGCACUCAACCUAAUACUUGAGGUCCACCAUGUUGUGGAAUACACGGCGGUGUUGUUUGACCAGACAUCGUGUAGCCCGAGGUUGUAUCAGAUGGUGUCUUCGCUGAGAUUCUUGGUGUCCAGAAUGGAACAGGUAUUCCAGGACGGGAUGGAUCAGAAGGUUGCUCAGGUACCCAUCAAACUGACCCGACUGGGUAACAUGGUAAUGGAACGUCUCACGGAUCUUCGUGCUGGGAAGUUGUAUUGCCCUCUGAAGGUCAUGGAGCAGGAAGUGACGUCAUGAAAGGCUGCAGACACAGGCACUUUUACCUGAUACAGACGAUCAAACCUGUUACAGAAGACGUGCUGUGAUGACACAAAUGUUCAUUCAGGACGAGAUUUUGUCGGGAGGUGCUCCUGUCGAACUGUGGUUAUCCUGUAUUGUGGGAAGAGGAACGAACCUAGUUGUGUAUUAGUGUUGAUGGUGAUAUCGAUACCCGAACAUCUACCGCCAUUUUGUCCAGGGUGGAGCGCUUUGAGGGGGUUGAACUUUGCUGUCAGCUUAGUCCCCAACUAAACAGACUAAACUCACAGAUAACCCUGAUGCGGAGUUGUUUUCAAACUAACAUGGUCUGGGAGGAAUCAGAAAACUAUGUCAUCAAGCAAUCGGUGAUUCCAAGCAGCAGUGGAAUACCAAGACUUCUGUUAUAACUUGUGAUUGUUAUGGAAAGGGGUG